AACACGCUUCUACAGAUAUUACAUAUUCAAGCGAUCCAAAAUUCAGGAUGGGGACGUUUAUUAGCCAUGGAAAUAGGAGAAGCAUCACACCCAGUGAUUGAUUAUCUUGUUGAACGUUGGUGGGAUACAACGCAUACUUUUCACUUCCCUUUUGGUGAAAUGGGAUUCACGCCGCUUGAUUGGGUAGUGUUGACAGGAUUGAGUAUUGGAAUUGGGGAUGAUGUUCCGUAUAACCCAGUCAAGUACAAAUUUGAUUAUGUCCGUGAGCAUGUUUUUCCAGAAAUAGAAGAACCCUUAGAUUAUGAAGAUCCCCCAAUCUCUGGAAAAAAACGCCCCCCGGCACAGUGGAUUUCAGAUGCAAUCACAAUUAAAUUUUUGACUACGUAUUUCAAAGAAGAUAUCUUGGUUGCAGCUAAUUUGGAUGACAAACUUGCAGAAAAAGUGGCGAGGGCCUUUUUUAUGUAUGUUUUGGGAAAUUUUUUCUUUUCCAAUGCAAAGAACUACAUUGAUGCGGCUUGGUUAGCUGCUUUUGAGGAUCUAAAUGCAGUUGAUAUGUAUGACUGGGGUGGUCCUGCUUUUGCAAAAUUGUAUGUGGCACUCAACGCAUCUGGUAGGGGACAGAAGUCAUUAACUGGGUCGUUCCAAAUAUUAGAGUUUUGGGGAUAUGAAUAUCUGGGCAUAUGUAGACCGUGCGACCCAACUAGUGAAGAAAAAUGGCCAAGAACUUCCCGGUGGAAAGCGAAGAAAAAGACUAUCGAUAUUGUUCACUGUAGGAAUGCGCUUAAUCAGUUGACUGCAGACAUCGUGACAUGGAGACCGUGGGAAUCCGCCAUUGGUGUUCUUGACUCUGAUGUUGGUCGCAGGGCUGUGGAGCUUUCAAACAAAAGGGUUAUAUUUACUUGGAUUGGCAAGAAUAUGUGGUACCUAGGAGAACGAUCUUGGAGGCAAAAUCAUCCUACUUUUGGAAUUCCUAGAAAUCCACCAUUUAAAAUUGGCGAGGUCAGUCAUGAGAAAGCAAAACUUGUGAAAGAAGCUGGAUGGGUAGAUGCAAAUAUGUUUGUGAAAGCUGUUUCAUAUAAUAUGUAUCUGCGAUAUUGGCGACAUGUAACUAACUUCCAUCAAUUCGUGACCAAAGUCGAUUGGGUAGUUGAAUUACACGGGGUUGAUGGUGACCGUGUUAAACACCUUAUUCAACGACCUGCUCAGCAUGUACCUAUUCCACCACCACAACAAUUAUCAUACCCUGAAGCUUAUAAUCUAGUUCAAGAACAUGCCGAUUUUAAUCGUGCGUUUCGCGAGUUUGUAUUAUAUGAAACGGAAGACAGGAUGAUACGUUUAAAGGCAAAAGAUGAAGUAAUACGAGGCCUUUCAGCUCGUAACAAUUACCUGGAGGAUCAGAUGCAAUUCCGUAUGCAACAAACGCCGCGUCCCCCUAUUGGAUUCGGCAGUUUUUCUGAAACUAUCCCACCAGCGGUGUGGGCUCCACCUCCGUUUCGCUUUUACUCAUCAGAUGAAGAUGCGGUUGCAUUGAGCCGAAAUAAUCUAGCAGUUAGUUUGGGAACUGCCAUUACAAGUAUGACAUGGUCUCAUACUCGUAUAAAAAUACCAAGAAAUCGUGAAGCCGGAGAUAUACUUCUCUGGAAUGACUACUUUUCUGACAACCCCACCUACCCAGCUAACAUAUUUCGUAGGAGAUUCAGAAUGCGGCGAGAAUUGUUCAACCGAAUAUUGGCAGAUGUAGUGUCUAGAAAUCCUUAUUUUGCUCAAAAAAGAGAUGCUUGUGGCAUUCUUGGAUUAUCCCCUCAUCAGAAAGUAACUGCAGCAAUCCGAAUGUUAGCUUAUGGAUGUGCAGCAGAUGCAAUAGAUGAGUAUUUACGCAUUGGAGAAACCACCGUUUUAGAAGCAACCCGUCGGUUUUGCAAGACGAUUGUGAUUGCUACUAUUGUGAUGGCCAUUAAACAACCAGAUACACCGAAAAAAUAUAAAUUUUCAUCGAUGCAAGAGGGAGCACGGAAAGAUGUAGAGCGUGGAUUUGGUGUACUGCAACAACAAUUUGCCAUUGUCAAACAACCUGCACGAAUGUGGAACCCGGAUGUGCUUGCCUAUAUAAUGAAAACGGUUAUUAUUUUACAUAAUAUGAUAGUGGAGGAUGAGCGUCUUCCCGGUGAUUGGCCACAUGAAUAUGACUCACGUAGCAGGUCGGAACCGGUGAAUAUAUCGAGGGUAGGUACUGAGGAACUUUCCAGAAUGAGAGCUGCACAUCGGCGUCAUGCUAUACACAAUAAAGAAACACAUUUUCGCUUGCGUCAAGAUUUAAUCGAACACAUAUGGUCAAAUUUUGGAGAUAAUUAUUAA